AACCAGUCUAUUAUUUUUGUUAUUUCCUGUUGUCUACUUCCGAUCAAAGACCGCUUUGAUUAUUAUUUUCGUUUAGACGUACGUCAAUCGUAAUUGUAUCACAAUGAGCAAAGCGCAUCCACCCGAGUUAAAAAAAUACAUGGAAAAACGACUUCAGCUGAAGAUCAAUGGAGGACGUCAAAUAACGGGUGUGUUGCGAGGAUUUGAUCCGUUCAUGAACUUGGUUGUUGAUGAGGGAACAGAGAAAACCAAGACGGGCGAACAGAAGCCCAUUGGCAUGGUGGUUGUUCGUGGCAACAGCAUUGUCUUACUGGAGGCUCUGGAUCGGAUAUGAUUCUCAAACACAGGAAGCACUGGGAUGUCGUCAUAGAAACAUUGUAUCAUGACUCAUUUUGAUUUGAUUGGACUGACCUGACCACGGACUCAUGUUUAACUGACUAAUGAUCCUCACAUCAUGUGUCAUCUUGUACUUCAUUGUAAAUAAACAUUUUAACUAUA